AUGGUGCAUGCUCAACAAAUUGAGAGGACUAGGCUUAAAAGGAAAAAUAAGGAUGACAAAAGGGCAAGGCCCUAUGAUGAAGGUAACAAGGAUAGGGUCUAUAACCCUAAGCCUCAAGGGGUAAAAGGUGGUGGUUUACAAAGUGAGAAACCCAAUUGUGCCAAAUGUGGCAAGAGGCAUAUGGGUAAAUGUCUAGUGGAAACGGAUAAUUGUUUUAGUUGUGGGAGGAGUGGUCACCUGGUGAAAGAUUUCCCCAUGUCCAAGACUCAAGGAAGGGAGAGUUACCAAACACAAGCAAGUGGUCUUAAUUGUGAUGCUCCUCGGAAGAACCACUUUUAUGCUCUCAAUUCUAAGGGUGAUCAAGAGGAUUCUCCUAAUGUUGUUACCGAUAUGUUGCAGGGGUCACAGAGUAGAAUUCGAGAAGACAGGUUGGAAAUCGGCACGUUGGGCCAUUUGCGAAAAACCCUUCAUCGCCAAAAGAACUCGGUGACUCACCAAUAA